GCCACCGCUAAGACGUACGACGUCGCUCAGCGGUAUAAUGGGUCGAGAUAGUUAUGGGGCGUGGCUGUAGGAGAGCAGGGUGACGAGAGGCUGACAAUAGCCUGCCCUUCACGCAGCACAAAGUACAAUUGCCCUUGCUAUUUUGAGCGAGCAGUGCAUAUGCACGUGUCUGCGGAGAUCGCCUUCGCCAAUUCUAGCGAGCACAAGCCAGGCAUCCACUGAGCUCUCUCCAGCCCUCUUCCCUCCAGCACUCCUGCUUAGCCCACCAUCUGUGUCUCUGCUUUGUCCAGCUUACGACUAUCUGGACACCCUUCACGCUCUUUACUGAAUUACCCUCCGCUGAGCUCAUCACCACGCCUGCUCGCGGUCCCACACUGUCACGGAAAUGAAGUUCUCUCAGCUUGCAACGCCGGUCGUUCUUACCUUACUUUCUUCCCUCUCGGGGACCUACGGAAUUGCUACCACUCGUAGGGCAACAGUAUGCAAUGGUCAUGCUGAGCUAUGCGACCGGAGCUUCGGCAACGUCACCUUUGUCGGAGCCCACGACUCUUAUGCUGUCGGUACCAACAGUGUCUUCGUGAACCAAGACUACAACAUCACGCAGCAGCUCAACGACGGUGUCCGGAUGCUCCAGUCGCAGGCACACAACAAAAGUGGUGUGAUCGAACUGUGCCACACUAGUUGCACUCUCCAAGACGGCGGCUCGCUGCAGGACUACCUCGCAGAAGUGAAGACAUGGAUGGACGCCAAUCCCAACGAUGUCGUAUCUUUGCUGAUCGUCAAUUCCGACAACAUUGCACCCUCGGAGUAUGACACCGUGUUCAAAGCGGCUGGACUGGAUACUCUAGCGUAUGCGCCCACCUCGGCGUCUUUGCCUGCAAGCGGCUGGCCGACUCUCGGGUCGCUCAUCGACUCGGGCAAGCGUCUGGUCGCGUUCCUGACCACCGAAGCGGACUUCAACACGGUCCCUUACCUUAUUGACGAGUUCACCAACAUCUGGGAAACGGCAUUCGAUGUCACCGACACGACCUUCGAUUGCAAUGUCAACCGGACGAAUGGAGAUACCAGCACACAGAUGUAUCUGAUCAACCACUUCUUGGACAAGCUCGUCGCUGGCUUCCCAGCACCGGACCCGGAAGAUGCUGACACGACGAACGGCGUUAGUGGGGUGGGCUCCUUGGGACAGCAGGUGCAAACAUGCGCGUCCCAGUACAGUAGGAACCCCAACUUCAUGCUAGUUGAUUUCUACGAGUACGGGAACGGGUCGGUCUUCCAAGUCGCUGCCGAUGCGAACGGAGUGACCUACACUCCGACGACACCCAUCGCCUCACCUAAAAGCUCUUCUGGGUCGAGCUCGAGCUCGAGCGGGAGCGUCACGAGUACCCCGAAUGGAGGCCUGGAACUCCGAAUUGUCCCCGCUCAUAUCGCCGCAUCUCUCGCCGUUGCUGGUGGUAUGAUGCUGGGCGCGCUGAGUUUGUUCUGAUUUGUUGCGCUUCCAUCUACAAACAUCUAGUUCACGCUUUGCUAUCGCUCAUAGACAAUCGGACAUAACUACAUCAUUGUGUACUAUUCCACCCAUGGACAUCACUAGUAGCAGGCCUUGGAGCCGUAAUGACAGCACCGGGACUUGCUUUUUUGCUCAUUGAC